AUGAAAGGGGCACAAGAGGGGCCCCAGAAGCAGACGGAGGGUGACUUCAAGCGAGAGCUGUACCAGUGCCGGGUGGACAUAGAGAGCCUGCGGCACUGGGGGCGGCCUGGGGGGGCUGCCAGUAGGCCCCCCCCAGAUGCCCUCGGUGGCUUGGAGGAGCGCUGGAACUGCCUGGAGGAGGAGAUAGUGAGUCGGCAGCAUCAGCUGGAAGACGCCCUCCUGGGCCUGGGCCACUUCCAGAGCCAGCUGGAGGAGCUGCUGCUGUGGCUGCUGCAUACCACGGAGCAGCUGAGGGGCCAGCCCCCCUGCUGCUUGGACCUGCAGGGCUGUGAGAUCGAGCUGGCCAAGCACAAGGUGCUGCAGAACGACGUCCUGUCGCGCACUCGCACGGUGCAGUCCGUGACGGAGGCUGGCGAAGACUUGCUGGCCUCCAGCGGAGGGAGCGCCAGGGAUGGUUUGCAGGGCAGCCUGCAGCAGAUCCACCAGCGCUGGGACUUCAUCCUGGCUGAGAUGGCCAGUCGCCAACUGGAGCUGGAGAACAACCUGAGCCAGGUGCAGGACGUCACCCUGGAGAUCACUGAGCUGCUCCAGUGGCUGGACCACGUGGAAGUGCGGCUCUUCUCCACCAAGCCAACCUGGGACCGCCCUGAGACGGCCAAGGACCAGCUGGUAGCGCACCUGGCGCUGUGCAGAGAGGCGGAGGCGAAGCAGGAAGCCUACGACCGGCUGCGGGAGCAGCUGCGAUGCUUGCGGGCCCCCAGCCCCCCUCCCUGGCCCUCCAGCACCCAGCACAGCCUGAGCCUCCUCCAGCACAAGUGGGACAGCGUGGCCAGCCUGCUCCAGCAGAGGAAGGAGCAGCUCACUGAGGGUGUGACGGUGACCACGGAGUUCCACUCUACCUCCCAGGAACUGCUGAAGGGGGUGGGGGCCAUGGAGGAGGCCCUGGGGGCCCUGCCCCCACCCAGUUAUGUCCUGGAAACCAUCACCCUCCAGAUACAGGAACAGAAGGCUCUGCUGAAGGAGGCCCAGGGGCACAGGGAGAGCCUGGCGGGUCUGGAGGCCGUGGCCGCUCGCAUGAAGGACUUCAGCCGGAAGCAGGACUGCGGGGCUGCCUGCAGCGUGGUGCUAACUGCCAAGGAGCAGCUGGCCAGAGUGCUUCAGCAACUCAGCCAGAGGGGCAACAUCCUGGAAGAGGCCCGCAAACAUGCCAAGCAGUUCCACGAGUCAUGGCAGAUACUUCUUGACUGGCUGGAUGAAUCUGAGUCCGCGCUGGAGUCACCCAGCAGCACCCCCAGGAGCCCCGAGGAGAUCAAGGGCCAGCUGGGAGAGCACAAGGAGUUCCAGAAGGGCCUUCGCACCAAGCGCCCAGUGUACGAGGCAGCCCUGCGGAGCGGGCACGUGCUCCGUGAGAAGGCCCUGUUCCCUGAGGAUGGGCAGGCUCUGGACGAGAUGCGGGGGGUGCUGCAGGAGCGCUGGGAGGCUGUGUGCAGCCAGGCUGCAGAGAGGCAGCAUAAACUGGAAGAGGCGCUGCUCUUCUCUGGCUGCUUCCCCGAUGCCCUGCAGACCCUCAUGGACUGGCUGUACCUGGCUGAGCCUCAGCUGUCCGAGGAGUCGCCCGUGGUGGGGGACAGAGACGUGGUGAAAGCACUGAUGGAGAAGCAUAAGGUGUUCCAGAAGGAGCUGGGGCAGCGGGCCAGCUGCAUCCGGACCCUCCGGCGCUCUGUGCGUGACCUGAUGCGUGGCAGCCAGAUGGGCAACUCCCAGUGGCUGCUGAACCAGGUCGAAGAGCUGGGCUAUCGCUGGGAGCUGGUCUGCAAACUCUCUGUCUCCAAGCAGGUGCGGCUGGAGGCUGCGCUGAGGCAGGCGGAGGAGUUUGACCGGCUGGUGCACUCGUUCCUGGGCCACCUGUCUGAGGUGGAGAAAAGGUUCAAGUGCGGUGGGGGCGUCCCGGCGGAGGCGACGGCUGUGCAGGAACGCCAGAGGCAGCUGGAGGAGGUGAGGCAGAGCCUGCUGGACCACCGGCUGGAGCUGGACUGCAUCGCUUCCCUGGGGGAGGAGAUGCUGACCGCCUGCCACCCCGACGCGGCCGGCAGGAUCAAGUCCUGGCUCACGGUCACCCAGAGCCGCUUCCUGGAGGUGGAGAGCUGGGCCCAGCAGCAGGAGGAGCGGCUCCAGGCCCAGGCGGCCUCCCUGGCUGCAGAGCAAGAGGAAGUGGCCCGGCUGAUGGACUGGAUCGCGGCUGCCGAGGAGUCCCUGAGCCUGCGGGACCAGGAGCCCCUCCCGGAGGAGGCCCGGCAGCUGCAGGAGCUCAGCUCCCAACACGCGGUGUUCAUGGAGCAGCUGAACCAGAAGCAGACAGAUGUGGAGAAGGUCACCAAGAGCAGCAAGUGCAGACAGCCCAGCGACCCUCCGGGCGUGGGCGUGGCCCACCGCAAGCCUCCUUCCCGGCGACGUUCGGCUGGUCGGCUUCCCCAGAGGGCUCCUGCGUUGCCCCUGGACGACCAGGAGCUGCAGAGCCCCCUCCUGGCCCAGCUGGGGCGUUGCUGGCAGCAACUGUGGCUGGCGGCCCUGGACAGGCAGUACCGGCUGGAGAACGCUCAGCAGCACCUCCGAGAGGUGGAGGAGCUUUCCCGCUUUGAUUUUGCCGUCUGGCGGAAGCGGUACCUGCAGUGGAUCAGCCGCAUGAAGUCCCGGGCCCUGGACGUGUUUCGGGGCAUCGACAGGGACCAGGACGGGCGCAUCAGCCAGCAGGAGUUUGUGGAGGGCGUCCUUUCCUCCAAAUUCCCCACCAACGUGCUGGAGAUGAGUGCCGUAGCCAACAUCUUUGACCUGAAUGGGGACGGCUACAUCGACUACUAUGAGUUUGUGAGUGCUCUGCAUCCCAGCCGAGACGUCCUGCGCAGGAGCGGCGAUGCAGCCCAGAUCCAGGACGAGGUGAACAGGCAGGUGUCCCAGUGCAACUGUGCCAAGCGCUUCCAGGUGGAACAGAUCAGUGCCAACAGAUACAGAUUUGGGGAGUCCCAGCAGCUGCGCAUGGUGCGAAUCUUGCGGAGCACCCUGAUGGUGCGAGUUGGAGGAGGCUGGAUUGCUCUGGAUGAGUUCCUGGUCAAGAAUGACCCAUGCAGAGUGAAGGGCAGGACCAACAUGAAGAUCAACGAGAGGUUCCUGGCCCCUGACUCCUCGGCCGGCAGAGGGGCCAGCAGCCCGUCCACCGCCCCCUCCAAGUGUCCGUCUCCCGGCCUCUCCGCCUCCAGCCUCAGCCUCUACAGCAGCGCCUCUGCCCCCAGCAGCCCCCUCUCCAGGAAGUAUGUCCUGCGGAGAACCCGCUCUGGGGAUCGGUGCCCCCCGCCCCGUAGUUCUCUGGCAGUGGAGAGUGUGGAGCUGGCCUUCGCCAGCGCAACUGAGGACGGCUCCAGUCUUCAUGGGGAGGCUGCUCUUCCAGAGUCCUAACCUGGCCUGGCUUAAUUGGUGUCAUCCAGUCGGCACUCCCUGAUGUCUCCCUAAAAGGCACCCUUGGAAGUUGACGUUGGUGCCUCGAGGCGCUGAACGUGGCGAUUGCGCUGCAUGCUCUGUGCUUGCCUUGUGGGACUUGAUCAGCACCUGCAAUGCCUAUCUGCAGACCCCCCAGGAGGGCCCCCACCUUGAAAGGAGCAUCCUUUGCCUCUGCCCAAGACAGAAGCUUACCGGGACCCUCAAUUGGUGGCUCCACCCACCCUCAGGAGGGGCACUCUCAGCCAAAAGGCUCGACUGCCCCCCCCCCAGCAUGAAAGCACUGGGCCUAGCAGAGAAUACCCAGUGGCUGAUGCAGGGGCCCCCGUUACUGGGGUGUCCUCCCCCAGAGUAGAUGUCACAGAUGGUGCCAGCCCCUUUGCAGAGGUGCCCCCCUGGAACACAAGGCAUUCCUAUCCCUGCAGCCCCCCCCCCCCCAUUUCAGCACAAACUCUGCCCCCUUCCGGCAUGUGCUGCUGGCCUGGGCCAAUCGCAGGAUCCACAUCUCCCCCACCGCUGGCCCUUCCUCCGCCCUUCUGGGGGCCCCUCUCCACAGGCUUCUUUCUGGUGCUAGCCCCCUCCUCCUGCUCCAGGCUCCUUCCCACACCCCCACACACCCCCUGCCCUCCUCUUCCUCUACAGCCAGGCCACUGCUGCUUGCUAGCCAGGCUGCAGAACUGACAGUCCAUCACGGACACCUCUGCUCUCCGCAAGGGGCAAUAAAGCACGACGAUUUCUGGA